GGGAGGAGCGGCGCGAGCGGCCGGAGCGGCGCAGGGCCCGAGGCGUGCAUGGCGCGCCCGGAGCCGAGAUCCCGCGGGCCCCCCCGGAGCGCCCCCGGGGAGCCACGGCUCUUCGGCGGGUCCCUCUCGGCCCGCUGCUUCUGAGCCCCGGCCCUCCAUCUCUGGAUGCUGUGCUCCCGUAGAGAAGCCCGCCUGCGUUGGGGCAGUACGGCGGUGGCGCUGCGCCGGAUUCCGCCCUCCGCUUAGCCGUUCUGCGCCCGGCCGCGGUGGGCCCGCAGCCGCCGGCAAGAAGCUUGAGGCAAGCGGAACCAGCGCAACAGCUCUCGGGACCGGCGGGUGCGGGCCAGCCACGCUUGGUUUGGGGGAAAGGGGGAGGCGAGAGGGGAAGGGCCGCACCUCAGGAGCCGGUCCUCGCCCCCGCCCCCUGCGCGGACGCGCGGAAGGCUCGGCUCGGCUUUCGCGGGGGCCACGCUCCCACUCGGGCCACGGGAGGUGGGGGAUGCGGACGACAGCCCCCCCAGGAUCCAGGACCCUCCCCCCAGGGCUCCGGAGCUGUUGCUCCGCCCGCCGCCCCCUCCCCCGUGCUCUCCACCCCCCAUCCCACCUCCCCACCCCUCGUAAGAAAAUAAUGCUGGCUGGCGCCCGCACCUCCCAGUCGCUCCCAGUCCGCUGCGAGGAAAGGGCGCCCGCUGUGUCUCUGUGCCGGGACCCCCGCAGAGCCGACCUCGUCGCCACCUCUCUCCGAGUGCCGCUGGGCUCUGCUUAGGCAUUAUCUGCAAGCGCCGCGCUCGGGCAUUGCCAGCUCCGGGGAGGCGCCGCCCGCAAGGACACCUCUCCGUCCCGCCUCGUCCGCAACUCCGGCCCUCGUCGAGCUCGACGCGAGCCAGGAGUCUGGACGUCUCUCUGCGCGCCGCGCAGUAGCUGGAGCAGUCUCCGCUGCCCCAGCUCAGAGCUAACUCCUUCUCGGACCUGGGACUCUUGACUCGGAUUCUCUGCUACUUCUCACCUCCGGGCUGCGCCUGCCUCUCCGCUCGACCUCCGUUGCCCUCCUCACCGCUCAGGACGGGGGUGCCAAGAUGCCCCGCUGCUGCGCAGGGCCCCGGGCCGCCCCCGACGUGUGACCCCAGCCUGGUCCCCCUGCUCGGCCGUCCGCCCUCCCCUUGGAGACCCCCGGCCCGGUCCCCGGGGGAGGAGGAAGACGACGAGGCCGAGGGGGGGAUGUCCGGCUCCAAAAGCGUGAGCCCUCCGGGCUACGCGGCGCAGACAGCGGCGGCGCCGGCGCCCCGGGGAGGCCCAGAGCACCGCUCCGCAUGGGGGGAGGCCGAUUCCCGCGCCAAUGGUUACCCCCAUGCCCCUGGGGGUUCCACCCGCAGCUCCACCAAGAAACCCGGAGGGGCGGUGACCCCGCAGCAGCAGCAGCGCCUGGCUGGCCGCUGGCGCGGCGACGACGACGAUGAUCCUCCGCUGAGUGGCGACGACCCCCUGGCUGGGGGCUUCGGCUUCAGCUUCCGUUCCAAGUCUGCCUGGCAAGAGCGCGGCGGCGACGACUGCGGUCGCGGGAGCAGGCGGCAGCGUCGGGGCGCGGCCGGCGGGGGCAGCACCCGGGCGCCCCCUGCGGGCGGCGGUGGCGGCUCGGCGGCUGCGGCAGCUGCGGCUGGCGGGACGGAGGUGCGCCCCCGUUCGGUGGAGCUGGGCCUGGAGGAGCGGCGGGGCAAGGGUCGCGCGGCCGACGAAGUAGAGGCCGGCGCCGUCGAGGGCGGUGAAGGGUCUGGGGAUGGCGGCAGCUCAGAGGACUCAGGCUCAGGGCCCGGCGCGGUACUGUCGCUGGGUGCCUGCUGCCUGGCGUUGCUGCAGAUAUUCCGCUCCAAGAAGUUCCCGUCGGACAAGUUGGAGCGGCUGUACCAGCGUUACUUCUUCCGCCUGAACCAGAGCAGUCUCACCAUGCUCAUGGCCGUGCUGGUGCUCGUGUGCCUCGUCAUGCUGGCCUUCCACGCGGCGCGGCCCCCGCUUCAGCUGCCCUACCUGGCCGUGCUAGCGGCCGCUGUGGGAGUGAUCCUCAUUAUGGCCGUGCUCUGCAACCGUGCAGCCUUCCACCAAGACCACAUGGGCCUGGCCUGCUAUGCGCUCAUCGCGGUGGUGCUGGCCGUCCAGGUGGUGGGCCUUCUGCUGCCACAGCCGCGCAGCGCCUCUGAGGGCAUCUGGUGGACGGUGUUCUUCAUCUACACCAUCUACACCCUGCUGCCCGUGCGCAUGCGGGCUGCUGUGCUCAGCGGGGUGCUCCUGUCUGCCCUCCACCUGGCUAUCGCCCUGCGUACCAACGCCCAGGACCAGUUUCUGCUCAAACAGCUUGUCUCCAAUGUCCUCAUUUUCUCCUGCACCAACAUCGUGGGUGUCUGCACCCACUACCCGGCUGAGGUCUCCCAGAGACAGGCCUUCCAGGAAACCCGGGAGUGCAUCCAGGCGCGGCUUCAUUCACAGCGGGAGAACCAGCAGCAGGAGCGGCUCCUGCUGUCUGUCCUUCCCCGUCACGUUGCCAUGGAGAUGAAAGCAGACAUCAACGCCAAGCAGGAGGACAUGAUGUUCCACAAGAUUUACAUUCAAAAACACGACAACGUGAGCAUCCUGUUUGCUGACAUCGAGGGCUUCACCAGCCUGGCCUCCCAGUGCACUGCCCAGGAACUGGUCAUGACCCUCAAUGAGCUCUUCGCCCGCUUUGACAAGCUGGCCGCGGAGAAUCACUGUUUACGCAUUAAGAUCCUGGGGGAUUGUUACUACUGUGUCUCGGGGCUGCCUGAAGCCAGGGCUGACCAUGCCCACUGCUGCGUGGAGAUGGGCAUGGACAUGAUCGAGGCCAUCUCCCCUGCCUUCCAGCCUCACCCCCACCUGUGUGCUUGGCCCCUAACCCUCCCCCAGCCUUACCCCUACUCCGUCCCCAGGUUGGUCCGGGAGGUGACUGGGGUGAACGUGAACAUGCGCGUGGGAAUUCACAGCGGGCGAGUACACUGCGGUGUCCUUGGUCUCAGGAAGUGGCAGUUCGACGUCUGGUCUAACGACGUCACACUGGCCAACCACAUGGAGGCUGGCGGCAAGGCAGGACGAAUCCACAUCACUAAGGCCACACUCAACUACUUGAACGGGGACUACGAGGUGGAGCCCGGCUGCGGGGGCGAGCGCAAUGCCUACCUCAAGGAGCACAGCAUUGAGACUUUCCUCAUCCUGCGCUGCACCCAGAAGCGGAAAGAAGAGAAGGCCAUGAUUGCUAAGAUGAACCGCCAGAGAACCAAUUCCAUCGGGCACAACCCACCACACUGGGGGGCCGAACGCCCAUUCUACAACCACCUGGGUGGCAACCAGGUGUCCAAGGAGAUGAAGCGGAUGGGCUUUGAAGACCCAAAGGACAAGAAUGCCCAAGAAAGUGCAAACCCUGAGGAUGAAGUGGAUGAGUUUCUGGGCCGGGCCAUUGACGCCAGGAGCAUCGACAGGCUGCGAUCUGAGCAUGUCCGGAAGUUCCUCUUGACCUUCAGGGAACCUGAUUUAGAGAAGAAGUACUCCAAGCAGGUGGAUGAUCGAUUUGGUGCCUAUGUGGCCUGUGCCUCGCUCGUUUUCCUCUUCAUCUGCUUCGUCCAGAUCGCCAUUGUGCCCCACUCCGUGUUCAUGCUGAGUUUCUACCUGACCUGUUUCCUGCUGCUGACCCUGGUGGUAUUUGUGUCUGUGAUCUACUCCUGCGUGAAGCUCUUCCCCACCCCACUGCAGAUCCUCUCCAGGAAGAUCGUGCGGUCCAAGAUGAACAGUACCCUGGUUGGUGUGUUCACCAUCACCCUGGUGUUCCUAUCGGCUUUUGUCAACCUGUUCACGUGUAACUCCGAGGACCUGGUGGGCUGCCUGGCAGAAGAGCACAACAUCAGCACCAGCCAGGUUAAUGCAUGCCACGUGCUGGAGUCAGCCUUCAACUACAGCCUGGGCAACGAUCGCAGCUUCUGCGGCAGCCACUGGCCCAACUGCAACUUUCCUGAGUACUUCACCUACAGCGUGCUGCUCAGCCUGCUGGCCUGCUCCGUGUUCCUGCAGAUCAGUUGCAUCGGCAAGCUGGCACUCAUGCUGGCCAUCGAGCUCAUCUAUGUGCUCGUCGUCGAGGUGCCUGGUGUCACACUCUUUGACAAUGCCGACCUGCUGGUUACCGCCAACGCCAUAGACUUCAGCAACAACGGGACCUCCCAGUGCCCUGAGCAUGCAACCAAGGUGGCACUGAAGGUGGUGACGCCCAUCAUCAUUUCAGUCUUCGUGCUGGCCCUGUACCUGCACGCCCAGCAGGUGGAGUCCACCGCCCGCCUUGACUUCCUCUGGAAGCUGCAGGCCACAGAGGAGAAGGAGGAGAUGGAGGAGCUGCAGGCCUACAACCGGAGGCUGCUGCACAACAUCCUGCCCAAGGACGUGGCCGCCCACUUCCUGGCCCGGGAGCGCCGCAAUGACGAGCUCUACUACCAGUCCUGCGAGUGCGUGGCCGUCAUGUUCGCCUCCAUCGCCAACUUCUCUGAGUUCUACGUGGAACUGGAGGCCAACAACGAGGGCGUCGAGUGCCUGCGGCUGCUCAACGAGAUCAUUGCUGACUUUGACGAGAUCAUCAGCGAGGAUCGUUUCAGGCAGCUGGAAAAGAUCAAGACCAUCGGCAGCACCUACAUGGCCGCCUCGGGCCUGAACGACUCCACCUACGACAAGGUGGGCAAGACGCACAUCAAAGCCCUGGCUGACUUCGCCAUGAGGCUGAUGGACCAAAUGAAGUACAUCAACGAGCACUCCUUCAACAACUUCCAGAUGAAGAUCGGGCUCAACAUUGGCCCCGUGGUGGCCGGGGUGAUUGGGGCUCGCAAGCCUCAGUACGACAUCUGGGGUAACACAGUUAAUGUGGCCAGCCGCAUGGACAGCACUGGCGUGCCCGACCGCAUCCAGGUCACCACGGACAUGUACCAGGUGCUGGCUGCCAACACAUACCAGCUGGAGUGCCGUGGUGUGGUCAAGGUCAAGGGGAAAGGCGAGAUGAUGACCUACUUCCUCAAUGGAGGACCCCCGCUAAGUUAGCAGCUGCCAGCAGUGGUGCCAGCAGCCUGGCCUCCGGAGGAAUGGAACCGGCUUCUUUGUGUGCCGCGUGGGCAGGUGGGAAGCCUGCACUCCAGCCACGUGGUCGUGCUGGAGAGAUUUCCCACUCUGACUCGGAAGCAGCCUCUACCUUUGAUGGUGGGCACGGCCUCUGGGCCAGGCCCUGGGUGCCAGCGUCCUGCGAGCACCAAGCUGACCAAAGAUGUUUCCCUCUGCAGGAGACUCGGCUGGACCUGAGCUAAACCAUGAGUUUUCUGAUAGGUGCUGCCGCUGAACGGUGGAGGGGCGCUCCUGGAGCCUCUACCAGCCCAGUGCACGGUGGCAGGCCAGUGGAGAGGCCUUGGCCUCCAUGGGUGGGCGGGCGGGCUCGACGCUGCCCUGGGGGUGCCCAGAGCCCCCCGGGGGUCUGAUUUUCCACAUGAGCCUUUAAACUUCAGACAGAGGCUGCAGCCCCUGCUUCCUGGCGGUGCUCUGAGGCAGGAGAGCUGGGUUUUAGAAGCUGUGGCCUUGGCCGCCAUCCUCUGGCUGUACGUCCACACACAGACUGUGCCCUGGGAGGGAAACAGGUCUUAUUACGAGGGGGAGGUGAGAGGAUGCCAAGCAAGCAGUAGUGGCUCUGAGAAAAAGGAAAUAUUUAUUAAAUAAAACAAAACAAGUUUUCUGUGCCCUUCUUUAGACUAUGCUAGUUGUAUGCGUGUAAGAGACACAGCAAAUGAGGGUGCCACUGGGGGGAGGGGGGGGCCCAAGUUAUCUUUUUUUGUAUUUUUUAUUUUGUAUUAUUGAAAGCCUUGGAGAUCUAACAGAUAUACCAAAUUCUAUAUUUUGUAAAUUCUCUAUAUUAGAAAACAGCUGUGCACAGGGGGCGUUUGUGCUCAUUUGUACUGUACGUAUGUCUGCGUGCGUCCUGGUGCACAUGUACGUGUGUUCAUGCCACGCGGCUGCCCAGCAGGACCUACCCCACCUCAGACUCGGCAGUUUGGUUUUCCCAGGAGCAGCGUGUGUCCUUGUGGGGUACCCUACAUUCAGAUCAAGGAGGAAGACGCAGGGACACGUGACCCUCUCUCUUUUUCACACACUCGCAAAGACACAACCCACUUCUGCUGAGUUAAACGCAGAUGGGAAUGAUAAGACAGACACUUCCUUCCCAUCCAGGUGGUGCAGCCUCAAUCUGUGCAGGCAGCACGGCCACCAUCAGCUCUUUUGUUCCCGGGGAUGUCAGAUGUUUGCUGCCUGCACAGAGGCAGUGCCUAGGGACUCCUGAGAGCUUAGGGAUGUCCCAGGGCUGGGAGGAAGCCUAGCCUGCCUGGUCUGCUUAGCUGGCCAGGGGCAGGUGGCUCUCCCUGGAUGCAGUCUCCUGUGGAUCUCCUGGGGAUGCAAUGUGUAGGCCUCAGGUUUGGGGAAAGGGUGUGGCCCUGCCCUCUACCUGCAAACCAGACAGAGGAAUGGGUUGAGCUGUUUUAGAGUCUGUGGGGGAAAAGCAGCAAAAAUUUAAUUUUGUCUAAUUUUUAUUUUGGGGGUGGGGAGGGAGCAAGUCAAUACACAGAGGGGAGAAAAACUUAUUUUUUAUAACUUCUGAGGGAGGCACUUGGAAAAUGAUGUACUAGCACAGAGCUGUAUUCAAGCAGCAACCUUAGGGUCUGUUCCCAGAUCUUUUCAUUGCUUCUCAGGUUAGAAUUCUCCCCAGACACACGCUUGGAAGGAGCCUGGACUGGCAGCUAUUUGCUGGCUACUGAAACCUUCCUUUAUGUCCACCCACACCACCCUCCCCUCCGCGCCACCUCCACCCCAAUUUGAACACAGCUCUGAGAAGCAGAGCGUAUGGACCCCAAACUGCCAAGCCUGAGUGUGUCCUGUGCCCUUGCCGCUCCACCUUUGAGUUCUGCAUUGCCCUUCCAGCCCCUGGCGCAGGGCUGCUCUCUGCCCCGGAGUCGUUCUCGAGUCCCCUGUCCUCCAUACGGCCUGCCAGUGGUGCUGGGUUUUCAUUUCGCUUCUGACUUGAGUAAAGUGUGCGUGCUGAGUUCAUCCUGUGUUCCCGCUGUUGGUCUGGGCCUUGUGGGGCCCUCCCCAUCCCAGCAGUGACUGGUGGCAGCGUGCAGUGCUAGCUCUUCGUUCCCUCUAAGGGGUGUGCACUCUUUUUAUUCCUGCUCUUGCAAAAAUGGAUACGAUUAUGAUUUCCCAUGGAAAUUGAAAAGUCUAUUUAAAUAAUUUAACUAUUAAACACUUUCACUGG